GAGAGGCUGUGUGAGAAGCUGCAGCCGCCGGCAGAGGAGACCUCAGCAUCCUCGGGAACCCAGCGCCGACCCUGCCUCCGCCCGGCCUGCUGCCGCCACCGCCGCCCUUUCGGUUCCUGCUACUGUCUCACCUAAACAACUCCCAUUCAGCGGACAAGCGAAGUUCUAUGACUCUCUUCUCCUCUCCUUCCUCCUCUUCUUCCAACUCCUUCUCCUCCCACUUCCCAACCGCUGUGGAAAGCCCCUAACCCAACAGACGCUGGCAAGGCUGCGGACAAGUGUCAUCUGCACUUUAUCUUGCUGCUCCGGCUGCCCUAAGGCAAAGUCGCAUAGCUCUACAUCUUUCUUUCCCAGCCACCUCCCUCUGCCCCCAAGAGCGUCCCGCCGCCCCGCAGCACUCUCCUGGAGCUGCGCCCUAGUGCCCCUGCUGGGCAGUGGCCUUUCCCCCACCCCAUCCUCCCGCGUCCUGCCCUUGCUGCUCCGGGCAGACGAUGCUGAAGAUGCUCUCGUUUAAACUGCUACUGCUGGCCGUGGCUCUGGGCUUCUUUGAAGGAGAUGCGAAGUUUGGGGAAAGGAGCGAAGGGAGCGGAGCGAGAAGGAGAAGGUGCCUGAAUGGGAACCCCCCAAAGCGCCUAAAAAGAAGGGACAGGCGGGUGAUGUCCCAGCUGGAGCUGCUCAGUGGAGGAGAAAUCCUGUGUGGUGGCUUCUACCCACGAGUAUCUUGCUGCCUGCAGAGUGACAGCCCUGGAUUGGGGCGUCUGGAGAACAAGAUCUUUUCUGCCACCAACAACUCAGAAUGCAGCAGGCUGCUUGAGGAGAUCCAAUGUGCUCCCUGCUCCCCCCAUUCCCAGAGCCUCUUCUACACACCCGAAAGAGAUGUCCUGGAUGGGGACCUCGCACUUCCCCUCCUCUGCAAGGACUACUGCAAAGAAUUCUUUUAUACUUGUCGGGGCCAUAUUCCAGGUCUUCUUCAAACAACUGCUGAUGAAUUUUGCUUUUACUAUGCAAGAAAAGAUGCUGGGUUAUGCUUUCCAGACUUCCCGAGAAAGCAAGUCAGAGGACCAGCAUCUAACUACUUGGGCCAGAUGGAAGACUAUGAGAAAGUGGGGGGAAUCAGCAGAAAACACAAACACAACUGCCUCUGUGUCCAGGAGGUCAUGAGUGGGCUGCGGCAGCCUGUGAGCGCUGUGCACAGCGGGGAUGGCUCCCAUCGGCUCUUCAUUCUAGAGAAGGAAGGCUACGUGAAGAUUCUAACCCCAGAAGGAGAACUGUUCAAGGAGCCUUACUUGGACAUUCACAAACUUGUUCAAAGUGGAAUAAAGGGAGGAGACGAAAGGGGCCUGCUAAGUCUGGCAUUCCAUCCCAAUUACAAGAAAAAUGGAAAGCUGUAUGUGUCUUAUACCACCAACCAGGAACGGUGGGCUAUCGGGCCUCACGACCACAUUCUUAGGGUUGUGGAAUACACAGUAUCCAGGAAAAAUCCCCAUCAAGUUGAUGUGAGAACAGCCAGGGUGUUUCUGGAAGUCGCUGAGCUCCAUCGAAAGCAUCUUGGGGGACAGCUGCUCUUUGGUCCCGAUGGCUUUUUGUACAUCAUCCUUGGGGAUGGUAUGAUCACAUUGGAUGACAUGGAAGAGAUGGAUGGGUUAAGUGACUUCACAGGCUCUGUGCUGAGGCUGGACGUGGACACCGACAUGUGCAAUGUGCCUUAUUCCAUACCACGGAGUAACCCGCACUUCAACAGCACCAACCAGCCCCCAGAAGUAUUUGCUCACGGUCUCCAUGAUCCAGGCAGAUGUGCCGUGGAUCGACAUCCCACUGAUAUAAACAUCAAUUUAACAAUACUUUGCUCAGAUUCCAACGGGAAAAACAGGUCAUCAGCCAGAAUCCUACAGAUAAUAAAGGGAAGAGAUUAUGAAAGUGAGCCAUCUCUUCUUGAAUUCAAGCCAUUCAGUAACGGCCCUUUGGUGGGUGGAUUUGUUUACAGAGGCUGUCAAUCUGAAAGAUUGUAUGGAAGCUAUGUGUUUGGAGAUCACAAUGGGAAUUUCUUAACCCUCCAGCAAAGCCCAGUGACCAAGCAAUGGCAAGAAAAGCCGCUCUGUCUGGGCGCCAGCAGCUCCUGUCGAGGCUACUUUUCGGGUCACAUCUUGGGAUUUGGAGAAGAUGAAUUAGGAGAGGUUUACAUUCUAUCAAGCAGUAAGAGUGUGACCCAGACUCACAAUGGAAAGCUCUACAAGAUCGUAGACCCCAAAAGACCUUUAAUGCCUGAGGAAUGCAGAGUCACAGUUCAGCCUGCCCAGACACUGACCUCGGAUUGCUCCCGGCUCUGUCGGAAUGGUUACUACACCCCUACUGGCAAGUGCUGCUGCAGUCCGGGCUGGGAAGGAGACUUCUGCAGACUUGCCAAGUGUGAGCCAGCGUGCCGUCAUGGAGGUGUCUGUGUCAGACCAAACAAGUGCCUCUGUAAAAAGGGCUAUCUCGGUCCUCAAUGUGAACAAGUGGACAGGAACGUCCGCAGAGUGACCAGGGCAGGUAUCCUUGAUCAGAUCAUUGACAUGACAUCUUACUUGCUGGAUCUCACAAGUUACAUUGUAUAGUUUCUGGGACAGUUGGAGUAUAUCUUUCCAGUGGGCAUUUAUUUUGACCUUGUCAUUAAAAAGAGAGACUGUCCUUCUGCUACACACUCCUGUGAUUUCAUUUUCUUUUAGUAAUUUAAAAGCAAUUUUCAGAAAUGUACAGAUCUCAGCGUGUAUGUUGGCACAUUUCUUCACAUCUGCAUACGCACGCACAACCCCAAACUUGAGGUUGUAUAACAGAAGGGUUUUUUGUUUUGUUUUGCUUUAAUACCAACUUGCUGGUGUGGAGUACUUUACACAGAAGUUCCACUGCAAAUUCGUCACAGAGUUUUUUUAUGGCAUUGGAAGAUAUUCUUUUACAUUUCAGGAAAUUCUGUCUGUAAUUACUAAAGUUGACCUUACUAGGGUUUUGAAAUGUUCUUGUGCAAUGUGGUGGAAGUAUUUUUAUAUUAAAGGUCUAUAAUAAGAGA